GAGAGAGACUCUUAUAAAUACGAGGAGAACAACAGAGAGAAGCAAAGGAAAUUGCUUCAAGAAGAAACUGUGAAGAGUAAUAGCACACCCUCCAAUCAAUUAGGCAGUGGUUUCAAGUUGAAGUAAGAAGGAAGUUGCGAUGGAUAACAAAGACGAUCAGAAUAACAAAGACAAAGGGCUGUUUUCACAUCUUGCUGGAUAUGCUACCGGACACUACCCACAGCAUGGAGGAUCAUACCCUCCUCAAGGAUAUGGAUAUCCCCCACAAGGGUAUGGAUACCCCCCUGCAGGCGGCUAUCCUCCUCAUGGCGGUGGCGGCUAUCCUCCACACGGUGGCUAUCCUCCACAUGGGGGUUAUCCUCCAUCCGGAUAUCCUCCCCCUGGCGGAUAUCCACCAGCUGCUUAUCCCAGCCAUAGUGGAUAUCCACCAUCUGGGUAUCCCGGUGCACAUCAUACAGGGCAUGGGCCUAACAUGGGAGGUAUGUUAGCUGGGGGUGCUGCUGCUGCAGUUGCUGCUUAUGGGGCUCACCAUCUUGUGCACGGGAGUCACCAUGGGGGUUACCAUGGCUAUGGUCACGGGAAGUUCAAGCAUGGGAAACAUGGGUAUGGUCAUGGGAAAUUUAAGCAUGGCAAACAUGGGUUUGGUCAUGGGAAAUUUGGCAAGCGCUUUGGGUUUGGAGGCAAGUUCAAGAAAUGGAAGUAAUGUAGAUGUAAUGGUGGCUUCAAAAUCUAACUCACUCUACUGAAGAUGGAUUUGAUAUUACAAUUGGCUUUCUCAUAAUAUUACUUCAGAUGAGUUAGUUGUGGAUUUCUAUUGUUCGGAGAUUGGUAUUACCUAUUCUAGUAGUUUGUUUGCUUUUGUAAGUACAUUCAAGUUCUUUAACUAAAUAACAUAGAAACUGUUACUGUUUGCA